AUGUUGCUGACUGCUGUUGCUACUGCUGAGGAAGGUGAAAUGUACGUUCUGGAUGCAGCUCGAACUUCUGAAGAAGCACAACGGGCUCGUCUUGAAUUACGCGCUAUGCAGAGUAAAUGUGUUGACCUGUAUGCCUACUGGCUCAAAGAGCUUUUGGAUAUGCAAGUCUCCUAUGAUAAACGAGCGUUUACCUUACAUCAGAUGCUAUUUGGCAACUGUCAAUGGUUUUUGGCAAAAUAUGGGUCAUUAAGUCAGUAA